AUGUAGGAGAUGAAGAAAGCUACAUUCCUUUGGUUGCUCAUGUUGAAGAGAUAGUUGGAUCCAGUGGUCUGAACAUCCUUAUUAACAAUGCAGGAAUUUCUCCAAAAUCCACCAGGAUAAAUAUGGUCAAGUGGAAGCACAUGACUGAUACAUUCCAUGUUAAUGCCAUUGCACCACUUAUGUUAGCCAAGGCUUUACUCCCACAAAUAAAAAGAGCAGCUUCACAGAUGGAUGGGGGCUGUCUGGCGGCCAAACGUGCUGCCAUUAUUAAUAUAUCUUCGAUAUUGGGCUCCAUAGAAGAAAAUAAAGAAGGUGGCCUGUACCCUUACCGAGCUAGUAAAGUGAGUUUUACUUUAUUAACCCUUUGACUGUUUCGGUCAUAU